CCAGCACUUUUGCAGGGAACCGAGAAGGGCCAGCUGAGCUCGAGCGAGCGGACGACACGACACUAUGCGCAGAACAGUCCACUAUUUGCAGGCUCCACUUUCCUGUGUGCAGUGUGUCUGUAAAGAGUGAAGUGGCGUGGCGUGGAAGGCAAUUUGACUGAAUUCUUCGAUACCUACAAUCACACUGAUAACCUCCGAUUACACACCGGUUUGUGGUUGAUACCGGUUUGACACGGUACGGUGACAAGCAUUUUACGUAAUUAGAGAAUCGACCUGACUGAAAAUGUCUCAAGAAUUCCCUCCACUCAAAAAUGAUCUUCUGCUUCGUGCGGCGCGUGGGGAGCCAGUGGAUAGAGUGCCUGUGUGGAUUAUGCGACAAGCAGGACGAUACCUUCCAGAGUUCCGUGAAAUGCGCUCAAAGUACGACUUCUUCACCAUUUGUCAGACUCCUGAACUCGCAGCUGAAAUUACCUUGCAACCCAUCCGACGUUUUGAUUUAGAUGCUGCAAUUAUUUUUUCUGAUAUUCUUGUCAUUCCCCAAGCUCUUGGAAUGACUGUGGAGAUGCAACCUGGAGUGGGGCCCGUUCUACCCCAACCAUUGGUGAGCCCUGCAGACAUUAAGCGGCUAGUGACGCCAGUGAAUGUUGAGGAGCAGCUUGGCUACGUGUUUCAAGCAAUAACCUUAACCAGGCAAAAGUUAUCUGGUAAGGUCCCUCUUAUAGGGUUUUCUGGAGCCCCGUGGACCUUGAUGGGGUAUAUGAUUGAGGGUGGUGGCUCUAAGACCAUGGCUAAAUCUAAGGCAUGGCUGUAUGAACACCCACAAAGCAGUAAAGAUUUGUUGAAAAUAAUUACUGAUGUAGUAGUAGAUUACCUCAUAGGCCAAGCUGCUGCAGGAGCUCAGCUUUUGCAGGUGUUUGAAUCAAAUGCAGAAUAUCUUGGUCCCGACCUGUUCCGGGAAUUUGCGCUUCCCUGUGUUAGAGACAUUUGUUCGAGAGUGAAAGCUGGCGUAAAGGCCAAAAACUUGGGUGACAUACCAAUGACAAUAUUUGCUAAGGGGGCCCACUAUGCGUUGAAAGAGCUGGCUGACAGUGGGUACAAUGUGAUGGGCAUUGAUUGGACUGUAGAUCCAGUGGUCGCUCGGGAGGCAACUGCCGGAAAGAAUAUCACUCUGCAAGGAAAUUUCGACCCCUGUGGCCUGUAUGCUAGUCCUGAAGAAAUUCAGAAACGUGUUCAAGUUAUGGUUGAGAAAUUUGGGAAGACUCGAUAUAUAGCAAAUCUUGGUCAUGGCAUUUAUCCUGAUAUGAAACCAGAACAUGCUGAAGCAUUUAUAAAUGCAGUUCACAAGCAGUAACAGCAAGUUAGAAGUAGCCUGGUAUUUGUUUAUAGUUGUCUGUUGUUGUCUGAAAUGACUAGUUAUAUGUGCCAAUUGGUGUGUGGAAGGUCAAAGGAACUGUUAAGAAUUAUUUGGACCAGGAAUAUUAUGUCCUUUUCUGGAAACAGUUCUACAUUUGAAGUGGGAGGUGUUUCAUUUUUGAUACAAAUGUGGAACUUAAUUUGCUCAUCUAGUAGUAACACUUAUUUGUGCUGGAGCCUCUCCAUGAAUAAGUGUUUUUGACCCUUGAAAUUUACAAAAGAGACAUUUUUUCUGAGGUUCUUGAAUCUAUUGACUGUGAUAUUCAACAUAAUACAUUCAUUUCUGUUACGUUUGGCACCUCAAAUUAUGAAGGUGUUAGGGGCCUAAAAAGAAGGUAGAUUAUUGAGUUGACGCCGAUCAACAGUUUUUGAAUCCAAUAUUUUUACUUUGAUAAAACUUGUAAUGUUAAACAUGAUCUGAUCUUCGUAUUCAUUUCAUGUGAAGUUCUAAGUGUCACUGUGCAGGUACCUUACAAUUGUUUUUUAGUGUCUUUCUCAUGUAGCUUUUUCAUCCAUCAGUUUAUUUCUGUAAAAAAUUAUCACAUGUUACAAAAAUUAAAGCAUCUUGUUUUUGUUUUCUAA